GAAAGGAACAUGUACUCUGCAGUGCCCUCAGUUCCAGUGACCUCUUGGAGAGGCAUCUGUGUGGCUGGGGCCAGUGUUGUAAGGGUGGGGCAGUGGGAACAAGUGCAGGGUGGGGAGAAGCAAGAUGACAGAGAUGAGGGAGGGUCACAAGAUGGCAGAGGUAAAGGAGAGGCAGAAGAUGGCGGAGGAGAAGAAGGGGUACAAGAUGAUGGAGGAGGAGAAGAGUUGCAAGGUGGCAGAAGUGAAAAGGAGGCCAAGAUAGCGGAGGAGAAGAGACACCUGAGGAGACAGAGGGAGAAUCAACAGGACUAUAAGGAGGCGGAGACCCCGGAGAGAAACAAUGAGAAUGAGAGAGAGAGGACCUGAGCAGACUGAAGCUAGUCACCCACUCAGCCUCAAACCAGUGACCGGUGUGGAUGGGCGUCAUCAGCAAUGGCAAAGAUAGACAGCCCCGAGGAGGUCCUGACUUGGCAGAUGUGGUCCGGAUGAGGCAGCUGAAAGGGCAAUCGACCCCAUCCCAUAGAGGAUCCUCAUUUA